CAUGAGCCAUACACUUUAAUCAUUUAUAAUAUCUCUCCAAACAAGUGCAAGCUUAUGGCCAAAAGUGUCUUCCAGCACGAAGACUGCCCUUAUUGAGAAGAUAUUUUUUAUUUGCAUUCACGCCUUUUGCAACAAUUGGAAUAGCAAGGACAUUAUGGUCAUAACGUUCAAAGAGAGGAAUUUCCCGGUCAUGUAAAUGGCUAUCCAAAGAAGCAUUUGAAUUUGGUGACGAUCUGAAAUUGCCAUGGAAGGAGCUCCCCACAGCCUUACUGCCAAAAUUCCAUAUUCACCCCUCACCGUUGAUCAUUCUCUCUCUAUUCCCCAUAUCAAGCCUAAUAUCGUCUUGAUGGCAACAGCGUCUCAUUUGAGGGAUGAGCUUUUAGUUUUUGAGGAGAAUCAAAAUACAAGAUUAUGCUCUUUUAAAGCCUUCUAGUUAUGUCUCCAAGGGAGUGGUCUACCGGACGAAGAGUUGGAGUGAUAACCUUGGAAACCAAGGUUGAAUCCUAGCGGAGGCGACACUAGGUGAAUCCUUUCCAUUUGUAUAAGCCUUGGCAGGUUCAUUACCCGUUACGGCGUUACCUACACUGGUAGGAGGCAGCAUGUAUCCAGUGAACUACUCGAGAGAACUGUGCAAGGACUUGUUCAAGCAGUGGUCAAAUUUGGAUGAUUCUCACUUCUCUAUGGAGAAGGUGUCUGGUGGCAUCACAAAUUUAUUGCUAAAAGUAUCUGUAAGAGAAGAUGAUGGAAAGAAUGAAAAUAUGACAAUUAGGUUAUAUGGUCCUAAUACAGAAUAUGUCAUUAACCGUGAACGAGAACUGCAGGCGAUUCAACACCUCUCAGCGGCUGGGUUUGGUGCCAAGUUGCUUGGAGUAUUUGGGAAUGGCAUGGUUCAGUCAUUUAUUGAUGCACGCACUUUAACACCCUCCGACAUGAAAAACCCAAAGCUUGCUGCCGAAAUUGCAAAGCAACUUCGAAAGUUCCAUCAGGUGGAAAUUCCAGGCUCCAAAGAACCUCAAGUGUGGAAUGAUGUGCUCAAGUUCUUCAGAAAAGCAUCAACUCUCCAAUUUGAUGAUAGUGAGAAGAAGAUAAAGUAUGAGACAAUUUUGUUCCAGGAAGUUCAUAAUGAAAUCACAGAGCUCAAGGAACUGACUGACCGUCUUAACGCUCCGGUGGUGUUUGCCCACAAUGACUUGCUCUCUGGAAAUCUGAUGCUUAAUGUGGAUAAAGAAAAGCUGUAUUUCAUUGAUUUUGAGUAUGGAUCCUACAAUUACAGGGGAUUUGACAUAGGGAACCACUUCAAUGAAUAUGCUGGCUAUGAUUGUGAUUACAGCUUAUGUCCAAGUAAGGAUGAGCAGUUUCAUUUCUUCAGGCACUAUUUGGAUUCUGACCAACCGAAUGAGGUAUCUGACAAAGACCUUGAAGCCUUAUAUGUCGAGAGCAGUAGUUACAUGCUAGCUUCACACCUAUACUGGGCUCUCUGGGCUUUGAUCCAGGCGAAAAUGUCACCUAUCGAUUUCGAUUACAUCAGUUAUUUCUUCAUGCGCUAUAAUGAGUACAAGAAGCAGAAGGAGAACUGUUUCGCUUUAGCAAAGUCAUAUCUCUCAAAACCCGAGCUAAGUGAAAGAUUCAUUUAGCACAGUUCCAGAAACUCUUAAAAGUUAUCAAUUGAAAUUGACACGGAUAUUAAGAUCUUAUUAGUUGCAAACAGAAAAUUGUUGCUGUUGUAACCUCGUCGGACAAUGCAAUAAUAAUUCUUUGUCGUUUUCUUUUUC